GGUUCAAGCUGAAGUAGGAACAUUUCUGCAGCUGCUGCAGGUCUGGACACGUUGGAGGGCGGAUCCACUGAACCAACUGGGAUCUAACAGAGUCUGAAGGAUUACUGAAAUGCUGAUAAAAUCCUGUGCUGCUAGUUCAGACACGCCGCUCAGGAUCAGACAGGCUGUUUUCUUCGCUCCUCAUGGCCACUUUACUGCAGCUGCUGGCUUCGGUUCUGGUGUCAAACGUUUGGUUCACAUGUUCUGCUCAGGUCAACAUCAGAGCAGAACCUGGACAGAACAUCGUCCUACCAUGUCGGGUUGCGAACAGCGGACCUAUCAAAGUCGUAGAUUGGACCCGGGAUAAUCUGGGUUCAUAUCGGGUUCUUCUGUACAGAAGUUCCCAGUUUGUCUCAGAUCAACAGCAUCCAUCCUUUAAGGGCCGAGUGGAUCUGCAGGACAGACAGAUGAAGGAUGGAAACGUGUCUUUGGUUCUGAGGGACGCGGCGGCUGAAGACUCGGGAACAUACAAGUGUCAAGUCGUUCAGAGUGGAGCAAAAAACAUGAAUUCAAAUCCCAACUGCAUCAUCAACCUGGACGUUGCUCGAGAGUCGAGGAUAUUUAAAGGCACAGGACGCAAAGCUGGACCUUCUGGACCCGUGAUUGGACUGACGCUUCUUCUUCUUCUUCUAUUUAAAGACUGAUUUAGGUUUAGUUGUUUUUAAAGGAUAAAUUGUUCAGUGAGAUUCUGCUUCACUCCAGACAGCCUGUUGGCUUUUUCUUGAUUUCUUUCAAAUGUUCUGCAUGUUUAGAGUUGCGUUGUUUGUAAAGUUGUAUGUUUUUCAUAUAAAUGUAUAUAAAAUGCUUAUGUAUAUACAUUUAUAUGUAGCGGUGCUUUUCUGUAUUUUUAUUGUCCAGUUAACAGGCCCACUGCUGUUUUCUGGGGUCAAAGUUUUUAUUUGUAAUUCUCAUUUGACAAGUUUCUUUCUGUUGUUGCACCAAAUCAAACCAAAGUUAAUUCUGUUAAUACAGUCGGGAAUAAAAUCCGUUUUUCAGCUGGA